CCCACCCACUCAACACCAAAAUUCUAGCUGUAGCGGAAAUCUCAUACCAGCGACUUUCUUCAAACCUAUCGCCCAACGUUCAACAGUCCAAUACCGCCAAAAUGGGUCGCGUUCGCACCAAGACUGUCAAGAAGUCCGCCAAGGUCAUCAUUGAGCGUUACUACCCCAAGCUCACCCUGGACUUCGAGACUAACAAGCGUAUCUGUGAUGAGAUCGCUAUCAUUGCUUCCAAGCGCCUCCGCAACAAGAUUGCCGGCUACACUACCCACUUGAUGAAGCGAAUUCAGCGUGGACCCGUCCGCGGUAUCUCCUUCAAGCUUCAGGAGGAGGAGCGUGAGCGCAAGGAUCAGUACGUUCCUGAGGUCUCUGCUCUGGACUUCACCCAGAACUCCGAGAGCGGCCAGCUCGACGUCGAUGGCGAGACCAAGGAUCUCCUCAAGCACCUUGGCUUCGAGUCUAUCCCCGUCAACGUCAUCCCCGUCACUCAGCAGCAGGUUCCCGAGCGUGGUGGACGACGAUACGGCGACCGCCCUCGCCGUGACUAAAAAAUUGGUAUAUGGGAUUAUUAUGAUGGGUGUCUGGCAUUUACAGGGUUUCACUACUUGGCGUCUUAGGACAGUGAGUGCAUAGGUCUCAAAGAAAGAUCUUUCGACCCCCCAAGGUGUCGCCGAUUCUCUGGAUGUCUCCAGAGAUGACGCUUGAUCGCCAAUUACUCUCUUCGCUUCUGUGAAUAUGACCUUGUCCAAGGCCAGUUCGCACGUUUCAGGAACUGAGCCGAGGGACUGUGAUACUGUUGUCUACAUCGAUGCGACCAGUAUUUGCGGGUGUCAUGAUGGGGUAUCUUCCUAUCCUUAUUAUGGCCCUGCUUGUGAUACACGAGUCGCCCAACGCCUAUCUUCGAAUAAAUGCUACAAACACCCAAAACAUGAUUUUAUCAGUCCUUUUUCUUAUCCUCCAGGUUGAGUUUUGUUCUAUAGCCCUCGACAAGUAAAUGUUCGUCAUCGUAGACUUCUGGUUUGUCAGACGCAGUGGAUGGUGCUUUAGGAUCAUUCUCCUUCAGUGUGAUAUUCAUCUUCUUGCUCUUGCUUUGCGAUGCAUCUGGUUCACCUCGCUCAAGAGCAAGGGCGGCCUCAUCUCGAGCUGCUUGUCUUUGCUCUUCGAGCUUGAGCUGACCAAGCUCUCGGGCAGCUCGGUCGACCUCUGUUUCCUUCGAUUUGUCCUCGUCGAGUAAAUCGAUCUCAAUAUCUGGGAUACCUGCCCGUUCCCAGGCAGCUGUCUCGUUGAGCUGCACCUUGACGUAAAGAGCGCGACGGGCGCAUUGGUUGGAGCACCACUUUUCUAGGUCCUCCCGCUUCAUAAUAUUCCCGUUGGAAAUCUUCCAUUGACCGCCAGGACCCGUAUUCCGUCGUGGUCGCGAGCAGAGGGUGUAACCGCAAAGCUCGUUCACAUUGCGCUCGAUAACGAGGUCGUCGUAGUCUGAAGGUUGAAAGAGUCGCACAUGAGCCUUGAAGUCGGCGACAUCGGAUGGAGAAGGGUUGGAGGCAUUGUGAGGUGGUUCGCGAACGAGAGGGUAUUCGGAGAGGAUGACCAAGCUGUCGAGGAUUUCUGCUUCAAGGUCUUUACGAUGCUGGAUGAUCUUGGCAUGCUCUAUGGCGAUUUCUCUAGGGUCGGCAUUUCGUUCUUUGAUGGACUUGGGCUUCUUGAGGAUACCCUUUGGGGGUUGUUUAGACGCUGAGGCCAUGAUGAAUGAGGAUUAUGAUCUUGAGAAAAGGAUAUGUAAUACUGAUCCCAACUCAACCCGAACUUGGAGCUCAGAAAGAUCCAGAAAUGGCCCCGCAACCUCUGCUAGCUUCUGUUUUACAAGUGGCAAUCCACUGAAGGAGGGGAGACUGCCAGAAGAACGAUUGGACUUUAUCGGCUGAUAACAAAAUAACGAAUGUAG